UAUGAUAUAGGUGGACCUGGAUGCGGUAAAGGGACACAAUGCAAGAAUAUUGUAGAAAAAUAUGGAUUUGCUCAUCUUUCUAUAGGUGAUUUGUUACGUGCUGAAGUCAAGAGUGGUUCUAAACGAGGAGAGCAAUUAACUCAACUAAUGGAAAAGGGAGAACUUGUAUCAGAUGAUAUUGUACUGGAAUUGCUACGUGACGCGAUAUUUUCAAUAAAGAACGAAAAUGGUUACAUAAUUGAUGGAUACCCUAGGCAACUUAGUCAGGGAAUUCAAUUUGAUUCCGAUGUAACAGAGUGCCGAGCUAUGCUUUAUUUCGAAUGCUCUGAUGAUACCAUGAUUUCGAGAUUGUUAGAAAGAGCUAAAACAUCUGGUCGCGUAGAUGAUAACGAGGAAACCAUCAAAUUACGACUAAAAACUUUUCAUGAGUUGACACAGCCAGCCGUAGAACAUUAUCGUGAUAGUGGAAAAUUGAUGACUGUAAGUGCAGUAGGUUGA